AUGUCUAACCUCCACGCCACGCUGCUCUCCAGUCUUCUACUGCUGGCCUUCGUCUUGGGUCCCUCUUCGAUGGCUCGAGGUCUCAAGCACGGCGUCACCGGUGACGUCAACUGCGAGUUCCGCUGCCCGCACUCUCUGAAACCCACGCCGCGCGCCCUCCACGAGAGUUCUUCGAACGGCUGCGGCACCGAGGCGUUUCGGCUUCCGGCAUCGGCGCUGCCGCACCCGGACUUCGAGGCCUGCUGCAACGAGCAUGACGUCUGCUACGACACGUGCCUCUCGGACAAGGCGCAGUGCGACGCGGCCUUCGACGCUUGCAUGAAGCGCAUCUGCGACACCAAGGUAGUGUCCGGCGUGCACUCGUGCGUCUCGACGGCCCACCUGUUUAUGAGCUUGACCACAAGCCUGGGCUGCGAGCCCUUCAUAAACUCUCAGAAGCAGGCUUGCGUGUGCAAGCCCGAAGGUGACCUGUAG